AUAAAUUAGAUGAAGUCACGUCGACGAGUUUACCGACUUUAGGUGUUGAGGAAGGAACGGAAAUUGGUAUUCUAGUCAUAAUAAUAGCGGCCGCCCUCGUUACAAUUACGCUGCUCUUCCUCAUCGCAAUCUUCAUCGAUUGCAGACAACAAAAGACGAUAAAUGUUGAAGCGACGAGCGACAGCGGGAGGAUAUUCAGAAUGAAACUGCCAAAGAUCAGCAGGAAACUGCGCGAAGAUGAGAAACAGUUCUCGAAUCGAAUGCAAAUACCGGAUGGGACGGAUCCAGCAAACAUCGUUUGAAACUUAUUCCAAACCAAUUCAAUCGAAUCCAAUCUAUUCCCAUUUUUUACUUUUACUUUAUUUAUUUCCUAUUCAAUUUUAUUCAAAGUAUUAUUAAUUUUAUACAUAUACAUACAUAUAUAUAUAUAUUAUCGCCGUUGCCAAAGUAACCACAAUCUUGUUUAGUUUUAUUG